UUGUACCGAACGUCAUGUAAAUGGCGAAAUAUAUACGACAAUACUGACGGAAAAUAAGAAUAUCCCUGCUCGCUUGGAGCACUUUGUCCGUUCGUGGUACGUCGAUAAACUUGUUCGUACAAACGACGGAGCAAGUACGUCGUCGCGUUCGUUUUCUUAUCGGGAAACGAGACGUUUCAUAAAGGAUGGCGACCUGACCCCUUACGAAGGAUGGAACACUGUGCGGAACGAAAAAUAACAUUCAGCCAAAGCCAUACACCACGGGAGAGAGAAAGCUGUCAAAAUCGUCAGAUUGAAACCCAUUUAGUUGGUGCUAUAAAAGACAUAAGAUGACAGACGUAGAUCCGGAGACAUUACUAGAAUGGCUCAGUAUGGGCCAGGGAGACGAAAGAGAUAUGCAAUUAAUUGCAUUAGAACAACUAUGCAUGUUACUACUUAUGUCUGAUAAUGUCGAUCGCUGCUUCGAAUGCUGUCCACCACGCACAUUUUUGCCUGCAUUAUGUAGAAUUUUCUUAGAUGAACUUGCACCUGACAGUGUCUUAGAAGUAACAGCUCGAGCCAUAACAUAUUAUCUAGACGUUUCUGCAGAAUGUACACGCAGAGUAGUGGCUAUGGAAGGCGCAGUGAAAGCUAUUUGCGGUCGUCUGUCUGGCGCUGGACUAGGCUCCAGAGCUAGCAGAGACCUGGCAGAACAAUGUAUAAAGGUGUUAGAACUCGUUUGCGCAAGAGAAGCAGGUGCUGUGUUCGAAGCAGGAGGCCUUCCAUGUGCAUUAUGUUUCAUCAGAGAGCAUGGAGCACGCGUUCAUCGAGAUACAUUACAUUCUGCAAUGGCUGUAGUAACACGUCUAUGUGGCAAAGUUGAACCUCAAGAUAAAACUUUGCCUGAUUGUGUAGAAGCAUUAUCAACUUUGCUUAGGCACGAAGAUGCACACGUGGCGGACGGAGCACUUCGUUGCUUUGCAUCAUUGGCGGAUAGAUUUUCCAGAAGAGGAACUGAUCCUGCUCCAUUAGCUUGUAACGGAUUGGUUUCUGAACUUCUAUAUAGAUUAUCAAACGCUGCAGGACCAGGUACAUCUGUCACAGCAGCUUCCAGUAAUCCAAAGACACCUCCACCGCCUACUGCUGCAGCAACUGCACCUGCUCCAGAACCAAAGUCUUGCGCUUCAGUUUCCACAAUAAUCAGUCUUCUAUCUACACUAUGUAGGGGAUCGCCAUCGAUAACUCACGAUCUUCUACGUUCAGAAUUACCAGACGCAAUAGAAAAGGCCCUGAAAGGAGAUGAAAGAUGUGCUCUUGAUUCUAUGAGACUAGUCGAUCUUUUGUUAGUUUUAUUGUUUGAGGGUAGAUCGGCUCUUGGUCGUGGCACUACAGGAGGUCCCUCAGGACCAUUGUUACCAAGAUUAAGACGUUUGGAUAGUGCAGGUGAAAAGUCUCAUAGACAACUAAUUGAUUGUAUAAGAUCCAAAGAUACAGAUGCAUUAAUAGAAGCUAUAGAUUCUGGAGGUAUUGAAGUCAACUUUAUGGAUGACGUUGGUCAAACAUUGUUAAAUUGGGCUUCGGCAUUCGGUACACAAGAAAUGGUUGAAUUUUUAUGUGAUAGAGGAGCGGAUGUUAAUAAAGGUCAACGAUCAUCAAGUCUGCAUUAUGCAGCUUGUUUUGGAAGGCCAGCGAUAGCAAAAGUUUUGCUCAGGCAUGGAGCAAAUCCUGAUCUUAGAGACGAAGAUGGAAAAACUCCACUAGAUAAGGCUAGAGAACGUGUGGAUGAAGGUCAUAGAGAAGUCGCUGCUAUAUUACAAUCACCUGGGGAGUGGAUGUUACCACCAAAUCAAGAGCAUAGAAAGCCAGAAGCAGAAACGGAAGAAUUUACAGAACCAAAGGGUGAUCCUGAAAUGGCUCCAGUAUAUUUAAAAAGACUUUUACCAGUAUUUUGUACAACUUUCCAAUCAACGAUGCUCCCCAGUGUUAGAAAAGCAAGUUUAAGUUUAAUUAGAAAAAUGGUACAUUAUAUCCAGCCAGAAUUACUCGUUGAAACAUGUGGUUCCGAUAGUACAGGUGGCUGUGGUGCUAUGCUUGUGGAAGUUAUUGCAAAUGUAUUGGAUAACGAGGAAGAUGAAGAUGGACAUUUAGUAGUUUUGCAAAUGAUACAAGAUUUGAUGAUUAAAGGAAAAGAUGAAUUUUUGGAGCAUUUUGCUCGUCUUGGAGUAUUUUCUAAAGUUGCUUCAUUAGCUGGACCACAAGAAGCUGCUCCUGAACCAGAAGCAGAACAAAAUCAAUCAGGACAGGAACAAACCAUGGAAGAUGCUCGAGAGUUGUUAAUUGGAAGAGCAUAUCACUGGAGAGAUUGGUGUAUUUGUAGAGGUCGAGAUUGUUUAUAUGUCUGGUCAGAUGCCGCUGCUUUAGAAUUAUCAAAUGGAAGCAAUGGAUGGUUCAGAUUUAUACUUGAUGGCAAAUUAGCAACAAUGUACUCUAGUGGAAGCCCAGAAGGUGGAACCGACACAUCAGGAAAGGGGAGGAACACAGAGUCACUUACUACUGAAGAAAAUCGUGGUGAAUUCUUAGAGAAACUCCAGAGAGCACGUAGUCAAGUAAAACCGAAUUCUGCAAGCCAACCUGUGCUAUCCCGUCCUGGUCCCACUCGAUUAGUUGUAGGAAAUUGGGCAUUGUCUAGUAGAAAAGAAAGUGAAUUAUGUAUACACAAUAGCGAUGGUCAGCAACAGGCCACUAUUUUGAGGGAGGACCUUCCAGGUUUUAUUUUUGAAUCAAAUCGUGGUACAAAGCACUCUUUUACAGCAGAAACAAGUUUAGGUCCAGAAUUCGCUGCUGGUUGGGCUGGUAAACGAGGAAAAAGAUUAAGAUCCAAAAUUGAAGCUAUAAAACAAAAAGUUAAAGUGCAAGCUCAAGAUAUUUAUGAACGUUACUUUAAAGCUGCUCAAGCACAGCCGCGUGGAGUAGUUGCCAAACUCGGAGCUAUUGUAAAUCAAAUAGAGAAAGCUUGUCAAAAGCAACAAUCCGGAAAUCGUGAAUGGCGUACUAUAUUGCAAAGUUCUUUAGAAGAGCUUAAAAUAUUGUUGAAUGAAGAAGGAAGAGUUUCUGCAUACGAAUUACACUCCAGUGGAUUGGUACAAACGUUAUUAUCUCUAUUGGCUGCACCACCAGGACCGCAGCCACCAACGCUCAGAGCAACAAAGAUGCGGUUACAAAGGAUAGCUGUUUUUAAAAAUUGUUUCCAAACGAAAGAUGCUAAUAAAGAGCACAAUUCAGCAAAAAUUUUAGUGCAUAAACUUGUUUCCGUAUUGGAAUCUAUAGAAAAAUUACCAGUUUAUUUGUACGAUACUCCAGGUUCUGGUUAUGGCCUUCAGAUUUUAACAAGGAGGUUACGUUUUCGCUUAGAAAAAGCUUCAGGAGAGAGUUCUCUUAUUGACAGAUCCGGCAGAAGUUUAAAAAUGGAACCGUUGAGUACUAUACAGCAAUUAGAAAAUCAUUUACUGAAAAUGGUAGCGAAACAAUGGCAUGAUCACGAUAGGUCAACGUUUACUUUUGUGAAAAAACUAAAGGAAGGCAAUAAAUUAACAUUUAAGUAUCAACAUGAUUUUGAUGAGAAUGGCAUAUUAUAUUGGAUUGGAACCAAUGCAAGAUCUUGUGCAGAAUGGGUAAAUCCUGGCCAAUAUGGUUUAGUUGUUGUUACUUCAAGCGAUGGACGGAAUUUACCAUAUGGGCAUCUUGAAGAUAUACUUAGUAGAGAUCCUUCGGCAUUAAAUUGUCAUACUAAUGAUGAUAAAAGAGCUUGGUUUUCAAUAGAUCUAGGAGUGUGGGUUAUUCCAAGUGCUUAUACCUUAAGACAUGCUAGAGGAUAUGGUAGAAGUGCAUUGAGAAACUGGGUGUUUCAGGCAUCAAAAGAUGGUAUCACAUGGACAACACUAUAUGCUCAUGUGGAUGAUUGUUCUUUAAACGAACCUGGUAGUACAGCUACGUGGACUCUUGAACCACCGAACGAUGAAACGCAAGGGUGGCGUCACUUACGAUUGCAACAAAUUGGAAAAAAUGCUUCCGGUCAAACACAUUAUUUAUCUGUGUCUGGAUUUGAAGUUUAUGGCGAAGUUACGGGUGUAUGUGAAGAUCUUGGUCGUGCCGCAAGAGAAGCAGAAGCCGGUGUGAGAAAACAAAGAAGAUUAAUUAAAACACAAGUUCUAAGGCAUUUAGUCGCAGGUGCUAGAGUCGUUAGAGGAUUGGAUUGGAAGUGGCGGGAUCAAGAUGGUGUGCCACCAGGCGAAGGUACAGUUACAGGAGAACUUCAUAACGGUUGGAUAGAUGUAACAUGGGACCAUGGUGGCUCUAAUUCAUAUAGAAUGGGAGCAGAAGGCAAAUACGACUUAAGAUUAGUUGGUACUUGUAUAGACGUGGAUGGUGGAGCUAAAGGUAAAAGUGGUGGAGGAGUAUUAACGGGAAGAAAAUCUAGUAGUACUCCUAGUUUACCUGAUUGUACUGAUACAGCUAUACGAGGCUCAGUAGCUUCAACUGAUCAAGCAGCGAGUGCUGACAAUCUUGCAGCUAAGCAAGCAGCUGAAUCGAUAGCAGAAAGCGUAUUAUCAGUUGCUCGUGCCGAAGCAGUAGUAGCUGUAACUGGCGAAGGUGGAGCAAAUUCAACAGGGGAACUUUCUGUUGUAUUACAUCCAAGGCCCGAUACUACAGUUACAAGUGAUUUAGCUACUAUUGUCGAAAGUCUUGCUCUUAACACGGAUUGUCCAGCAAAUAGUAAUAGUAAUCGCGCUUCUAGUAGUUCAAAAUCAUUAUUUGCUGCUGUUCGAGGAAAUAAGCCCGGUGGGGGAUUAUUGAGUUUGGAAGCCGCAGAAGUAUUAGAUCGUAUGAGAGAAGGAGCUGAUAGAUUGCGUAAUAAUACGAACAGCUUCCUGAGUGGUGAAUUGCUUGGUUUGGUGCCUGUUCGGAUCAGUGUGUCUGGAGAGACAGAUGAAAGUUCACUUAGAAUUAAGCCUGUGCCAAGACAUCAUCCUGGUAUCACGGAUGCUGGUAAAGAAUGCAGUCGGGACAAAGAAGCUAGCUCAUCUGCCCAAAAUACUACAGGAGGUUGUCCUGUAGUGGUUACGAAUCCUAUGUCUGUGUCUGUGCCCAAUCUUGCUUGCUCUGACACUAACAAUACUUUGGAACCAGCGGCCGCCACCGGCUUACUGGAAACGUUUGCUGCAAUGGCUAGAAGGCGAACGUUAGGGCCUACAGGUGGACAGCAUAUAGCUUCUAAUUCUAAUACUGGUUCUAAUCCACGUGGACCCAACUCGGUUUCAAGCCUUGUUCGAUUGGCACUAAGUCCUAAUUUUCCUGGUGGUUUACUUAGCACUGCUCAGAGUUAUCCAAGUUUAACUAGUAGUAGUCAAGUUGCUGGUAGUGGAGUCACAACAACGACUGGAGCAGGAUUAGGACAAGCACUUACUAUGUCACUUACGAGCACAAGUAGUGAUAGUGAACAGUUGUGGCUUCAGGUUAGUCUCGAAGAUUUUUUGGAGUCUUGCAGUGGAGUUGCAGGCUCUAGUGCAGGUGGUGGUAGAACUACUGGCGGUCCUACACUUCUUACCGAAUUAGAGGAUGACGAAGAUGGUGUAUUGGAAGAAGAGGAAGAUAAUGAUGAAAAUGAUCAAGAAGAAGAUGAUGAAGAAAAUGAAGAGGAAGGUGAUGGUUGUGAAGGAGAGUAUGAAGAAGUUAUGGUCAGUCGUAAUUUAUUAGCAGCGUUCAUGGAAGAAGAAGCACCACAAAGCAGCAAGAGACGCGCAUGGGACGAUGAAUUUGUUCUAAAACGUCAAUUUUCUGCUCUCAUUCCUGCUUUUGAUCCAAGACCCGGUAGAACUAAUAUAAAUCAAACAACAGAUUUGGAAGUUCCACCACCUGGUAGUGAAACACAAACAAGUACGCGAGUUGGAUCAUUACCAAUGCCAAGACUCUCAUUAACAUUAAAAGGUCCAGGACUUCCAGGUAUACCAGACGUAGAGUUACCGCUUUUAGAACCACACGCCAGUAUCUUCCAAGCAGUUCAAGAACUGAUGCAAUUAACAGAAUUAGGCAGUCGUCAAGAAAAAUUAAGAAGAAUAUGGGAACCAACAUACACUAUAAUAUAUAAAGAGGCCAGAGAAGAAGAAUCAUCUGGUAGGGCAACCCCAAUAGUAACGCUGUAUUCUCGUAAUUCUACACAAAAUACAAACGCAUGUACGGUAGAAGAUGUUUUGCAAUUGUUAAGACAUGUGUUUGUCUUGAGUACUACUCGUGAUGAUGGUAGAAACAACGUAUCAGACAUUGUAGAAUCAGAGGAUGCAAUGUGUUGGGUACAUCCAGAUGAUUUUACCUCAAAAAAGAUAACAAACAAAGUAGUACAACAAAUUCAGGACCCAUUGGCUUUAGCUGCUGGUGCAUUACCAAAUUGGUGUGAAGAAUUAGCAAGAAGCUGUCCAUUUUUGUUACCUUUUGAGACUAGGCGAUUAUAUUUUAGUUGCACUGCAUUCGGUGCAUCUCGAUCUAUUGUUUGGUUGCAAACGCAAAGAGAUGCUGUUCUUGAAAGGCAGAGAGCGCCCGGAUUGAGUCCACGACGCGACGACAGUCACGAAUUUCGCGUGGGUAGGCUUAAGCACGAAAGAGUCAGUGUACCAAGGGGAGAGAAACUAUUAGACUGGGCUGAACAAGUAUUAAAGGUACAUGCAAGCCGUAAGAGCAUAUUAGAGGUCGAGUUCGUUGGUGAGGAAGGUACUGGCUUGGGACCAACCUUGGAAUUUUUUGCACUAGUUGCAGCAGAAUUACAACGUAAAGAUUUAGGCCUUUGGCUAUGCGACGACGAGGAAUCGUGCGAUAAUCAGCAAACGUGUGUCUCUGGAGAGCAGGUGCGUCCAGCUGGAUAUUAUGUUGUACGUCCUAGUGGAUUGUUUCCUGCCCCUCUACCUCAAGAUUCUACAGCUUGUGAUCGUGCUGUCAGAUAUUUUUGGUUCCUUGGUGUAUUUUUGGCUAAAGUUCUCCAAGAUAAUAGAUUAGUCGAUCUACCGUUAUCUCGUCCCUUCUUAAAGCUAAUGUGUCGUGGUGAUAUUACAAAUAAUGUAAAUGAAAAAAUCGGUUUAACUGGUGUUACACAAGAAAGCAUGUCGUCUAGUAUGUCGAGUAGUUUCAUCUCAGAGGAAGGUGAGGCCGACGCAGCUUAUUCGUCAUUAGAACCUUCGCCAUGGUACAGUGGUCUACUGGAUAUCGAAGAUCUCGUUAUUGUCGAUCCAGUGAGAGGUGAUUUCUUAAAGGAGAUAUUAAAUAGAAUGGCCAAGCGUGAUAGGACACUUUCCGAUGGACGAAGUUCUGCCGAUGAAGAAACAUCAUUAUGCAUCACUCAUCCAUCUGGAACAUCAAUAGCUAUAGAGGAUCUGGCUUUGACUAUGACGUAUUCUCCAAGUUCGAGAGUUUUUCAACACGAUCAGGUGGAAUUAAUAGAAGGAGGAUCAGAGAUUUCUGUAACUGUUGAGAAUGCUAAAGAAUACGCUGAUUUAACGAAUACUUACUGUUUGGACCGGGGGAUUUGCAGGCAGCUUGAAGCAUUUAAAUCUGGCUUCUCUAAAGUUUUUCCCAUGGAAAAAUUACAUGCCUUCAGUCCAGAAGAAGUGAGAGCUAUGCUGUGCGGUGAACAAAAUCCACAAUGGACUAAAGAAGAUUUGCUCAACUAUACAGAACCAAAACUUGGUUAUACAAGAGAAAGUCCUGGAUUCCAACGAUUUGUCAAUGUACUAGUAUCACUAACUGGUCCAGAGAGGAAAGCUUUCCUACAAUUUGCUACUGGAUGUUCAGCAUUACCUCCAGGGGGCUUAUGUAAUUUGCAUCCUAGAUUGACGGUUGUACGCAAAGUAGAUGCUGGAUCUGGCGGUUAUCCUUCCGUUAAUACUUGCGUACAUUAUUUAAAAUUGCCAGAAUAUCCUACGGAAGAAAUUUUGAAAGAACGAUUAUUGGCUGCUACCAGAGAAAGAGGGUUCCACUUGAAUUAAAUGUUUCUGCUCAAGCAAGGAACUAUUUUAUAGCAAAAAGAAAUACUCGUUCGCUAACUGCGCGAUUUGAACUUAUUUGGCAGAUUCAAAUGUGCAAUUUAGAUAUGAAAACUCAGUACGGCCUUUAAGUGUUACUUGACAAUUACGUCAAACCGUGUCCAAUGAAAAAUAAUACAGUUGUAAGUGAUAAUGAUGUACGUAGCCUGGAACGGAAGCAUUGUGUUUACAUUAUACUCUUUCUAUAUAUAUAUAUAUGUAUAUCAAAGGAUUCUCACUUAUUAGAAUACAAAAUUAAGAAUCAUAGAAUUGAAUGUUUAGCAGUAUAAGGUACUGUUAAAUGUAUUCACACGAGGGCUUAUUCACGUAACUAUAUAAACGAAAUAUUUAAUUAAAUCCUAUAUUUAUCGUAUACUGCAUAGUGAGUGAUAUUAGCUCUCUUAAUGAUUUAUUGCUUAUAUUACAUGCUCACUAGUCAUUGGUAACUUACACGAUCGUGUAAUAAGGAGAGUGUAUUGCAUCUCUAACUGUUUCAUCAAUUUCAUUUGGUAAUGUCAAGUAUCUUUUUAUCUGGGCCCUCGAUUACGGUUCCAUAAAUUUCAACAACAAGAAUUUAUCGAACCAAUUAUAUUUUACACAAUGUCUGCGUACUUUAGCAGACGAAUUAUUAGGUAAUAUUAUGUUCUAUUUGUAACAUAAAAGGAUCUGUUAAUUUAUUAUAUAUUAGUUAUUACAAGAGGAGCAACAAAUUUACAUUUUAUACAUAAACAAUAGUUUAUUCCAGUCUGUUCCAGGUAUUUAACGUACAGCAUAUUGCAAGUUUUGUCCAACAUGAGAGAAUGUAUUUUCCCAUAAAACGUAAUAUUUGCGAGUGUUUUCAAGUGUAUUUGCUGUCUUUAUGGAACAAGAACUUUACAGUUCCUCAAAUUUAGAACAAAUGUUCGUACUAUCUUUUGUGAAAUAUUGUUGUGCUUGGAAAAUGAUUCAUAUGAGAUGCAAUUUCGAAGAAAAUUUAUAUUUUCUUUAUGAAAAUAUUUCAGUCAUAAUAAAGCAUUGUGCUAUUAGCAUCACAUAAAAGUGAUGGAAAUCAAAAUUGUCUGCAGAAAUGCUAAGUUAUUAUUAUUAUCACUAUCAAAGUGAUGUCUUUCAGCAUCCAGACCAAUUAUUACAGCUUCUAAACAUCUGUCCUUCUAACAAAGUGUCUUUACGCGGUUGUUAUAUCUUUAAAACUUAAGUAUCGUCAGAAGUGAAAUUUCCAAAACAAAGCGAACCAAGUAUAUAAUUUGAUUUUAAUGCGAGCGUUAUAGAAACUUUGUAAAACCAAGCACUCUGCAUCUUUGUACAAUAUGCUACUUAAUGCUCACAAAAUAAUUCUAUUUGUAGGCAAAAAUCAGUAUGAUUGUAAUAAUAGUGUUUAGGGAAAAAGAUAUAAAAAUAAUAUAAUUGUCAGAAAAGGUGAGUGAAAAUAUUGACAUGAAGAAUAGUUACUAUUACUGUAAUAUAAAUUAUUAAUGAAUCUUGGGGAGAAGAAUAAAAGGAAAAAAAAAAAAAAAAAAAAAAA